GUCCUUGGAGCUGCAGCCCUUCUCCCUCAAGCCCCUCCUACGCAGAGCCAUGGCUUAUGAGACGAUGGAGCGGUACCGACAGGCCUACGUGGAUUACAAGACCGUGCUACAGAUAGAUAUCAGUGUGCAGGCUGCACAUGACAGUGUUAACAGGAUCACGCGGUUACUGAUAGAGCAGGAUGGAGAGCAGUGGAGAGAGAAACUACCUGAGAUCCCUCUAGUCCCACUGUCAGCUCAGCAGCACCGCAGGGAGGAACCACCCAGCGCGGAGGUCCUACAGGCCAGAGCAGAGAAGGCCAAGCACCACGCAGCUCAAAAAGCAGAAGUCUGUUUCAAUUCACUGAAACAAGAAGGAAAUGAGUUUGUGAAGAAAGGCCAGUUCCAGGAGGCUCUGAGGACGUACAGUGAAUGUCUGAAACUGAAGCCAGAGGAAUGUCCCAUCUACACCAACAGAGCGCUGUGCUUCCUGAAGCUAGAUUUGUUUGCUGAAGCCAAGCAGGACUGUGACUCUGCCCUGAGGCUGGAGCCAGCCAAUAAGAAGGCCUUCUACAGACGGGCCAUGGCCAAUAAAGGCCUCAAGGACUACCUGGCAUGCAGCUCUGACCUGCAGGAGGUGUUACAGCAGGAUCCCAACGUAGCGGAGGCUGAGAAGGAGCUGGAGGAGGUCACUCUGCUGCUCAGACAGAGUCUGGCCCGGGGAUCACCUAGCAACCCCAGGAGGACUGUACCCAUCACCGAGGUUGAGGGGACUGAGGACGAAGACCGGCAGGCUGCAGAGCCAGACAGGACGAAAGCAGCAGAAUCAGAGACAGGAGAAACAUCAACCCCAGGUCCACCAGAGAACCACUGUGGAGGAGGAGGACGAGGAGGAAGAGGAGGAGAGGAGGCAAUAACCAUCAACCUCCAGCCCUCGAACGCCUAUGAGUUCAACCAGUCCCUGAACGCAGCGCGGGCCCAGUCCAACCUCCCAGCCUGUGCUGAGCUGCUGAGCUGUGUCCCCCCUGAGACUCUGCCCGUCUACCUCAGUAAUCAGCUGGACGGACACACAGUCAGCUUCAUUAUGCAGGCCCUGGAAACACAGCUCCUACAGGAGGACCCUAACCUAGUCUACCAGCACCUCAACCAUCUACAUACUGCUGACAGGUUCUCGGUAGUCGUGAUGCUGCUCGAGACGAGUGAACAUGAUCAGGUGACUCGGCUGUUUGACCGUCUGUCUGCUGUGGACAGUGAUUCCUUCAGUAAGAACGAUGUGCAGAACCUGGCCAACAAGUACAUCUGACCUCUAACCUCUGACCCUGUCUGGCCUGCUGGAGCGCGUCCCAAACAGGCCCCUAUUACCUAGUGCACUAUGGAGGGAAUAAGGCACCAUUUGGGACGGUAGUAGGGCGCCUUCAACAUCGCAGCAGACUUUAAAUACGAGUCCAGACUGCAAAUCACCUUUUAUCAUAAAUAACUACUCAAUAUUAUUUUAUAGGUCAAGUCACAAUUUACCCAUGAUACAUCACGGUUUUGCUGUUCUCAAACACGGCCCUUCACUCUGGCCUGCGUGAAGCUUCCGACAUACUGGAUCUAUGCAACGUUACACAACACGACGCCGAAGCUGCUGAACGUACUCAGAGCGUUACGGACCCAAACCGACCUGGUUCGUUCUCUCAAGUUCUCUCGGAUAUAGUAUCACAUCUCUACCUACCGUUACUAGGUAUUUCUCCUUCCAAAGACCUGUUUCGUUCUCUCAAGUUCUCUCGGAUAUAGUAUCACAUCUCCACCUACCGUUACUAGGUAUUUCUCCUUCCAAAGACCUGUUUAUUUUAACCCGGAUCUGUUUUAGCGUUAGUUGACUGGCAGUACAUGUUGAAAUGCUGUGAAAUAUUUAGCUUUUAGAACAUUGAUGCAUAGGUCUAAUGUACAAGAUAUCUGCAAGCAUCCCCUUCUGGGUCCAUGUACUGCGGGCCAGGUCCCUUCUGGGUCCAUGUACUGCGGGCCAGGUCCCUUCUGGGUCCAUGUACUGCGGGCCAGGUCCCUUCUGGGUCCAUGUACUGCGGGCCAGGUCCCUUCUGGGUCCAUGUACUGCGGGCCAGGUCCCUUCUGGGUCCAUGUACUGCGGGCCAGGUCCCUUCUGGGUCCAUGUACUGCGGGCCAGGUCCCUUCUGGGUCCAUGUAGUGCGGGCCAGCCCUCUUCUGGGUCCAUGUAGUGCGGGCCAGCCCUUCUGGGUCCAUGUAGUGCGGGCCAGCCCUUCUGGGUCCAUGUACUGCGGGCCAGCCCUUCUGGGUCCAUGUAGUGCGGGCCAGCCCUUCUGGGUCCAUGUACUGCGGGCCAGCCCUUCUGGGUCCAUGUAGUGCGGGCCAGCCCUUCUGGGUCCAUGUACUGCGGGCCAGGUCCCUUCUGGGUCCAUGUACUGCGGGCCAGCCCUUCUGGGUCCAUGUAGUGCGGGCCAGCCCUUCUGGGUCCAUGUACUGCGGGCCAGGUCCAUUCUCCAGGCUGCAGAACCAUUUCAAAUCAGAUAACAACCAUAACAAUUGUAUGACUACUUUUCCAGGCUGCUUGACUGGCCAAUAGGAGUUUGAUUUGUACCGGGUAGGAAAUCAAAUGUGGAAGGGACAAUGAAUUCCAAGCUCGAACACAUAACGACUUGAAUUGACCGGGCUAGCGUUAGCCCCAGAGGCUAUUCAGAAAACAACAUUGUUGUAUUACAGCUUGUAUCAUCCUGAUAUUAAACUAGAUUAAUGCAUGCUGCAUAAUCACAAUAUUAACCGUAUAACAAUCCAAAAAGCACUAUUUCCUCUGGGGUUCAAGGAGUAUUUACCAUCCAUUCUCUGUCUAGAAAUACAAUGCUAGUUUUGGCAGUUGCCUGUUCUGUAUAUAACCUCACUUGUAUAAAAACAAUGAUGAAGCAUCUUACAAUGUGCACAAUACUAAUAAAUGCAAAGUAAUUGUGUAAAAACAUUUAUCUUUUGAAGUUAUGAAAAUGCCCCAGCAUCAGUCAGUCAGCCAGCCACCCUUCCAUCUGCAGUAGUCAGCAGCCUAAUGCUCUGUAACAUGCAGCCAAAAUGCCCCAGCAUCAGUCAGCCAGCCAGCCAGCCAGUCAGCCAGUAGAGCACCCUUCCUUCAGCAGUCUAAUGCUCUGUAACAUGCAGCCAAAAUGCCCCAGCAUCAGUCAGCCAGCCAGCCAGUCAGCCAGCCAGUCAGUCAGCCAGUAGAGCACCCUUCCUUCAGCAGUCUAAUGCUCUGUAACAUGCAGCCAAAAUGCCCCAGCAUCAGUCAGUCAGCCAGCCAGCCAGUCAGCCAGCCAGUCAGUCAGCCAGUAGAGCACCCUUCCUUCAGCAGUCUAAUGCUCUGUAACAUGCAGCCAAAAUGCCCCAGCAUCAGUCAGCCAGCCAGCCAGCCAGCCAGCCAGCCAGUCAGCCAGCCAGUCAGUCAGUCAGCCAGUAGAGCACCCUUCCUUCAGCAGUCUAAUGCUCUGUAACAUACAGUCAUGCUCACAGUGGGGAGAAGAGAAGCAGCAUCUUUGUCAGAUGUGCCUUUGGAUCUACACUGUUCUGUUGAGUACCCAUUUCAGAUGUUCUGUUCUGUUGUGUACCCAUUUCAGAUGUUCUGUUCUGUUGUGUACCCAUUUCAGAGGUUCUGUUGUGUACCCAUUUCAGAGGUUCUGUUGUGUACCCAUUUCAGAGGUUCUGUUGUGUACCCAUUUCAGAGGUUCUGUUGAGUACCCAUUUCAGAUGUUCUGUUCUGUUGUGUACCCAUUUCAGAUGUUCUGUUCUGUUGUGUACCCAUUUCAGAUGUUCUGUUCUGUUGUGUACCCAUUUCAGAUGUUCUGUUCUGUUGUGUACCCAUUUCAGAUGUUCUGUUCUGUUGUGUACCCAUUUCAGAGGUUCUGUUGUGUACCCAUUUCAGAGGUUCUGUUGUGUACCCAUUUCAGAGGUUCUGUUGUGUACCCAUUUCAGAGGUUCUGUUGAGUACCCAUUUCAGAGGUUCUGUUGUGUACCCAUUUCAGAGGUUCUGUUGAGUACCCAUUUCAGAUGUUCUGUUGUGUACCCAUUUCAGAUGUUCUGUUGUGUACCCAUUUCAGAGGUUCUGUUGUGUACCCAUUUCAGAGGUUCUGUUGUGUACCCAUUUCAGAUGUUCUGUUGUGUACCCAUUUCAGAUGUUCUGUUCUGUUGUGUACCCAUUUCAGAUGUUCUGUUCGUUGCAGAAGAAAAUAGUAUAUUUAAAAACAUUUAAAAUGACUUGUCAAAAUGUUAUAGUGUGUUCUUUCUUUCUUUGUCCACCUCAAAAGUAAUCUAAAUAAAUGAAUGUACCAUGUUGAAUUCAGGGAGACGAGCGGAGCGGCAGCUGUUUGUAGCCUGAAGCAAUAGCUGCAUGGUCAGCGGGCUAGCGGCUCAGUGAGGGAGACGCUUGGUUUAACCAUUCUAUAGCGAUAGCUGCAUGGUCAGCGGGCUAGCGGCUCAGUGAGGGAGACGCUUGGUUUAAUCAUUCUAUAGCGAUAGCUGCAUGGUCAGCGGGCUAGAGGCUCAGUGAGGGAGCCGCUUGGUUUAACCAUUCUAUAGCAAUAGCUGCAUGGUCAGCGGGCUAGCGGCUCAGUGAGGGAGACGCUUGGUUUAACCAUUCUAUAGCGAUAGCUGCAUGGUCAGCGGGCUAGCGGCUCAGCGGGCUAGCGGCUCAGUGAGGGAGACGCUUGGUUUAACCAUUCUAUAGCGAUAGCUGCAUGGUCAGCGGGCUAGCGGCUCAGUGAGGGAGACGCUUGGUUUAAUCAUUCUAUAGCGAUAGCUGCAUGGUCAGCGGGCUAGAGGCUCAGUGAGGGAGACGCUUGGUUUAAUCAUUCUAUAGCGAUAGCUGCAUGGUCAGCAGGCUAGCGGCUCAGUGAGGGAGCCGCUUGGUUUAACCAUUCUAUAGCAAUAGCUGCAUGGUCAGCGGGCUAGCGGCUCAGUGAGGGAGACGCUUGGUUUAACCAUUCUAUAGCGAUAGCUGCAUGGUCAGCGGGCUAGCGGCUCAGUGAGGGAGACGCUUGGUUUAAUCAUUCUAUAGCGAUAGCUGCAUGGUCAGCAGGCUAGCGGCUCAGGGAGGGAGCCCCUUGGUUUAACCAUUCUAUAGCAAUAGCUGCAUGGUCAGCGGGCUAACGGCUCAGUGAGGGAGACGCUUGGUUUAACCAUUCUAUAGCGAUAGCUGCAUGGUCAGCGGGCUAGAGGCUCAGUGAGGGAGACGCUUGGUUUAAUCAUUCUAUAGCGAUAGCUGCAUGGUCAGCGGGCUAGAGGCUCAGUGAGGGAGACGCUUGGUUUAACCAGUCUAUAGCAAUAGCUGCAUGGUCAGCGGGCUAGAGGCUCAGGGAGGGAGACGCUUGGUUUAACCAUUCUAUAGCAAUAGCUGCAUGGUCAGCGGGCUAGCGGCUCAGCGGGCUAGCGGCUCAGGGAGGGAGACGCUUGGUUUAACCAUUCUAUUCUACUAAAUAUGUAAAAACGUGUUUUAAGUCAAAAAUGUAAAUGGUUCUUUAACAAUAAAACUGGGAUAAAUACUUUAUACAGGAUUAUUUCUCUGAUACAAAUCACAAUGGUUGUGAAUAUAUUAAUGUUAUGAAAAACUGAAUAAAACUGAACACCAAUUGUC